CCUCCUCCAAGGCCGCCCYCGCUCCAGCGCUGCGCCGUCUCUUCCCCCCGCAGGCGGCGGCGGCACCACCAUGCUGCGGCGUCCGGCGUGGCAGGUGCUUYGUCAGUUUGUAAGACAUGAGUCCGACACCGCUGGCUCGUUGGUGCUCGAGAGAUCCAUGAAUCGUGUACAGUUACUUGGUCGGGUGGGACAGGACCCUGUCAUGAGGCAAGUGGAAGGCAAGAACCCUGUUACCAUUUUUUCUCUGGCAACCAACGAGAUGUGGCGUUCAGGGGAUAGCGAGGUAGCCCAGGGAGGUGAUAUCAGUCAGAAGACCACAUGGCACAGGAUCUCUGUCUUUAGACCGGGCCUCAGGGAUGUUACGUAUCAGUACGUGAAGAAGGGUGCUCGCCUCUUUGUCGAAGGGAAGCUGGACUACGGUGAAUACACAGACAGAAACAACGUGAGGCGGCAGGCCACAACAAUUAUAGCAGAUAAUGUAAUUUUUCUGACUGAUAAUAUCAAAGAAAAGGCAUGAGGUUGCUAGUGCUUGGACCCAGCCCAUUUCAUUGCUUUCAUUUUACAGUGUAUCAUAAUUCUGUAAUCAUGCAUAUUGCUGUAGUUUCUUUAAAAAAAUAAAUAAAAUAUUUGAUAGGGAA